GGCGCAUUUGUGAUGUCAAGAGAGCUUCCCUUCCCCCGUGUUGCGCUUCGUGGAUGUGACGCAGCCGUGGUGACGUUCUGAAGGUGCGCCUCACCACUGCUUCUUCGUAAGUUUGCAGCUCGCGGUUUCAGCCAUGUGUCAGGUGGGCGAAGACUAUGGGGAGUCGGCGCCCGAGGGACCCCCACCUCGGCUUAGCCUUGAGCAGAAAUGUGUGAAGUGCAAAGGACUUCCGGUGUUGGUGAUUCGAGCAGGAGAUGCUUUCUGCAGGGACUGUUUCAAAGCAUUUUACAUCCACAAGUUCAGAGCCAUGCUUGGGAAGAACCGACUCAUCUUUCCAGGCGAGAAGGUACUCCUGGCAUGGUCAGGGGGGCCUUCAUCCAGCUCCAUGGUCUGGCAGGUUCUUGAGGGCCUGAGUCAAGAUUCUGCCAAAAGACUCCGCUUUGUGCCUGGGGUGGUCUAUGUCGAUGAGGGGGCAGUCUGUGGCCAGAGCCCGGAGGACCGAGCACACACCCUGGCUGAGGUGAAGCAGAUCCUGCAGACUGUGGGCUUUCCGUGGCAUGUGGUGGCCUUGGAAGAGGUGUUCUGCCUGCCACCAUCAGUGCUACGCUGCUCUGCCCCCAAGCCAGCAGGGGCCCAAGGGGUCUAUAAGGCGGCCGUAGACGGUUUUCUCCAGCAGUGGCACACCCUGGGUGCUGCAGGGGUUGGGGACAGUAGCAGCCCAGCCCUGGGGGAGCAGCAGCUGAGCCAGCCCAGGACCCAGAGCCGAGCAGGGGCACCCACAGCUGCCCAGACUGAGGCUCUUUGCAGACUGUUCGACUCAGUGAGGACACUGACUGCCAAGGAAGAGCUUCUGCAGACCCUGCGCACCCACUUGAUCAUGCAUGUGGCCCGCACCCAUGGCUACUCCAAGGUGAUGACAGGGGAUAGCUGCACUCGCCUGGCCAUCAAGCUCAUGACCAGUCUGGCAUUGGGGAGAGGGGCCUUCCUAGCCUGGGACACGGGCUUCUCUGAUGAACGUCAUGGGGACGUGGUGGUGGUGCGGCCCAUGCGGGACCACACACUGAAGGAGGUUGCCUUCUAUAACCGCCUGUUUGCCGUUCCCUCAGUCUUCACACCGGCCAUUGACACCAAGGCUCCCGAGAAAGCCAGCAUCCACCGGCUGAUGGAGGCCUUCAUGCUGAGGCUGCAGGCCCAGUUCCCCUCCACCAUCAGCACUGUGUACAGGACAAGUGAGAAGCUGCUCAAGGCCCCGAGAGAUGGCUGCGCCCCCAGUGUCCACUGCCUGCUCUGCAUGUGCACUCUGGAUGUGGACACUGCUGAUAGCGCGACAGCUUUUGGAGCUCAAACCUCCCGGCUUUCCCAGAUGGAGCCCCCUGCCCCGCCUGCUGAGGAACCCACAACACCCUGCUGCUCUGGGGGUAUGUGCAGGACCCAGGGGUGCAGCCAAGGGGCUGGGCCCUGCUUCAGGGAGGAUCCCACAGCCCACGUCAUGGAGCAGCUCUGUUACAGCUGCCGUGUGACCAUGAAGGACAUGCCCUCCCUGGACCCCUUGCCGCCUUACAUCCUGGUGGAGGCCCAGACCCGCAGCCAGAGGAGUUUCGACAUGCAGGAGAUCCAGGAGUACCUGCUUGAGGACAGUGACGGAGAGCCAGACAUGAGUGGGAGCUGAGCCAUUACCACAGCUGCUGCCACACUAGCAGGAAAGAGGAAUGGGCAGGUGAAAUGUGAUUGCCCAUUUGUAUAAAUAAAAAUGUCUUUAAUUAGAAAA